CCUGCAAAAAGUUGAAAAAAGACCACCCCCAAAGCCCACCUAAACAGGUCUCUGUUUUUCUUGUUCAGUACUGUUCCACUGUACACCAUAAAUCUAGUAAGAAAUCUAUCCAUCUCUCUCUCUCUCUCUAGAUUCUUUCCUCUAAUUCUGAGCAGAAUUUAUUUAUCUCUGGGAUAUCCCAGCGCUUCUUGUGCCUUUUUGCUUCCAUACCCACUUAUAAUAACCUAACUCUCUCCCUCCAUCCUCCAUAACUCGACGCCAAAGGUGAAGAGGAAAAAGCCAAGAGGGAAAAGAAAAAAAUAAUCUAAACUUUUGCAACGACUUUUCCUAGCUUUCUUCUUGUAACUUUCAUAUCCAUCUUCUGUGUUUGUUAUUUUUUUGGCCUUUUCUGCUCCGAACAACAACAACAACACACAAUCCACAAAGCAAAAAAAAAUGGACGCAACGUUUCAUCAUGACUACUACAAAAAGAGUGGGCAAAUUCCGGCGUUUGGGAACUGGGAUUACUCAAACGACCUGCCAAUCACUCAGUACUUCGAGUGCGCAAGGCAAGCGGGUUUGAUCCGCUACAGCUCCUCCUCCGGCGACAGUUCUGAUCCCUACCUGAUCCGUGGCGACUUGUACGCGGUGGAUCAAUAUCCCCAGAAGAUCAAGCCUUCAGCUCGCACCGUUGAUAAUCCUCUUCCCGGUCGAAAGACAAGAGGUGGGAGAGAGAAGCGAUGCCCGCAUGUUAAGGAGCAGAAAAAGCAGCAACAGCAAGCCAAAGUCUGUGACGUAACGGAACCGCAACGAAAGCCCCUUCGAAACGAGGCCGUCUCUCGCACCGCUGGCUCUGGCGCUGGCGCUCCUCCUCAUCGCCUUCCCAAGCCCGUUGACGAGGAUCUCUACAAAAUCCCUCCUGAGCUCCUCCACGCUUCCAAGCGGAAGAAAAGGCUGGGAAUCUUUUCAAGGUGCCUAGUACCUGCUUGCACUUCAUGAAUUUGGACUUCCAUGUGGGGAUCAUAUGCUUCUUGAGCGUUUGUGGAAGGAAGUGCGUAUUAGUAGUACUCUUUUGUGUUUUACUUUAGGAUAAUAGUAAAUGUGGCUUUUUGUGUU